AUGUACCCCCAAGGACGUCGUGUGCGUCACCAAGAUGCUUUGUCGAAACCGAACCAUUACCCCGAACGAAUAUUCACGUUCGAGGCGUCCGACUCGGAUGAAGAGCUGCGUUUGCGCAUCCAACAGGACAAGGAGGAGGUGGAAUGUCACUACGAGGAGAAGAACGAGAAUGCAGCAGCUCCGAAGCUGGAUGUGGAACUCGUAGAGAACAAGUUGCGGGAGACAAGUCUUCGGGAGACUGCGCUGAGAGAGACCAGGAUCGAUGAGGUGGUGCCGAAGAGAGCGGAGUACAUCCAUACGCUGGAGGCACAAAGCAGUGUGGACAGCGAUGUUAUAGCGCACAAUGAUACGUCCCUCCUCUGCGCCGAGAGUAUUUCUCAGGUGCGAGGGUUCUUGGAGCUAACGCUGCUUUAUGACGCUCCGGUCCGCAGCAUGACUGUGCACAUUCUGCAGGCGAGGACCUUACCGCAGAGGAGUCAGGGACAGAUACUGCAGAGCCAGGUUCGAGUUGUAUUGAUGCCACUGAAAAAACAAAAAUACAAAUCGAAAAUAAGAAAUGGCGAGAAUCCACAGUACAUGGAGAGCUUUGUGUUCCACAAGAUCAAUCCGGAGGACGUACACGGCCUCGGAUUGCGUAUACGUGUAUACGGUUGCGAGCGCAUGCGUCGUCAACGGCUAUUGGGCGAAGCAACUGUCAGCUUUGCCUCGCUCAGUCUGGAGAUGGAAAACGGCAUGUGGAUACAGCUGACUCCGCGCCAACAUCAUCCUAGCUUACAAGUUAGCAAGUUUCCAAAAUUGGAGCUAAACCACUCGAUGUCUGGUGUGCUGGCGAGUCCAUCGUCUAUAACGACGGUGACGACGCCGGGAGCAGGUCCUGGCGGUGAAGCGUGCAGUCUGGCGCGGUCAGACUCUGCAUCGUCCUGCUGCAGCACCAGAUCAGCUCCAGAACUUCUGCUCGGACUGCAAUACAAUUCCACCACAGGACAUCUCUCUGUUGAGGUAGCUCUAUUCCAACUGACGGAGGUAACGCUGAUGGUGUCAGUGUGGUGGCGACGCAGCGUCAAGCGCAACGAGAUGGUGGGCUGGUUCUCCCUGGGACACAGCCCCUCCGGCCGGGAGGAAGAGAGGCACUGGCAGGAACUGUGUGAGCGCCAGGGCGAGCAGGUCCAGCGCUGGCACGUGUUGCUGGACUCCUGACGCGCGGUGACGUAGCGCGCGGCCAGCGCGCACGCCUGAGCUUCUGUUCCCCGCGGCCCCCAGGCCCCGGCAGCCUGGGCCCCGGAUCCCCGGGCCCCGCCCCCGCACCCUGUUGAUGUCCGGUGCGUGUCGCUUUCGUUGUUAGCACGCGGUUUGCUUUGCCGCCGAGAGGAGCACCGAGCGAAGAGCGAUGUCUCCGCUCGUGCCGAGAUGUUUCGCUCAGUUGCACUACGAGCACUUUUCGACUGAGUUUGGUAAGUGAUGUAGACGCGUACAAGCGAUACGUCGAAUCUCAAAAUAUA